GAACAGAACAGCGUUUAGGUUACUGCAGCAUUCAGGCAGCCGUCAGUCACCGAGUCAUCAUGAGCUGCUUCCUUUUUCCUCUUUGUGACAAUAUUCCGAGCUGCGGAAAUGGAAAUCCUGCCGAUAGGUAUUUUACGUGGCAAUGAUGGACACAAAAUGCAAAUGAAGACAACUGCAUAGGUUACGGAUCUGCGUACGAGGCGCAACGGUUAGAAAUUGCAAUUCAAUUAAACGUAUUAAACAUUACACUUUACAAAACAAGGGACGCUUCACGACAAAAACAGCAGAGGAUCCUAAGUCCGGGUGGAGCCGCACAGGGUAAUUCACGAUUUCCUGGUUACAGUCAAGGUGGGUGGCUGUCAUAUGACAACAAUCUUGAUUUUUGUUUUGCGAAAUGAACGUGGGCGUGGCUCACAGUGAGGUGAACCCCAACACGCGGGUCAUGAACAGCCGCGGGGUGUGGCUCACCUACCUGCUGCUCACCGUCGUGCUGCACGUCGUGCUGCUCAGCGUUCCUUUCCUCAGUGUGGCGCUAGUGUGGACCUUAACAAACGUGAUUCACAAUCUGGCGAUGUAUGUGUUCCUGCACACAGUCAAAGGGACCCCGUUUGAGACGCCAGACCAGGGUAAAGCACGUUUGCUCACUCACUGGGAACAAAUGGACUAUGGUGUCCAGUUCACGUCAUCAAGAAAAUUCCUCACCAUUUCACCCAUAGUGCUGUACAUCCUGGCCAGCUUUUACACCAAAUACGAUGCCACCCAUUUCCUGAUUAAUACGGUCUCCCUCAUAAGUGUUCUUCUCCCAAAGCUGCCUCAGUUCCAUGGUGUACGUCUGUUUGGGAUCAAUAAGUACUGAUGCAACACAACCGACAUGGAGAGAUAAAGGGAAGCAUGGAAGAGGAAAGUUUUAUUCCGGCCUCUAAUUUCAUUCCUUUUCUUCUUCAACGACCGUAAAGAACCUACAUUCUUACACUGUUUGUGAAAAGGACUUGUGGUUUUAUUUUGCUUUUAUAUAAUUAUUGUUAUUUAAAAAUAUUUUGUCCCAUUUUAUUGUUCAGAAUUUUUUUGGGUAAUGUGAUGAAAGCAGAGGGCCAUGUUGCAGCCCUUCAUCACAAAUGGUGUCAGAUGUUUGAUGGUAUUGCUAGUCCAUGAGGCCCAGGGUACGCUUGCUGUAGAGCAGUGUGAGGGGGACUGUCACCUCCUGAGGGGGAGGGCAGGAUGAUGGAGACCAUCACUCAGGAAGACGACUAGGUUUGAGACUGGCUAUGGUUUCUGUCCUCGGCCUUUGCUUCAGAGAUAUUCCACAUUGUGAGUUCACUUCACGGCAGGUUAAAUGAGUCCCAAUAAACCUCACUGCUGGCAGUGUGCUUUUCUAUUGGAGAAAA